AUGUAUACACAUGUGCGCAAGAAACAAAUGCAGAUUUUUAUUUCACAACAGAAAACAGAUUUGGGCAGCCAAUCGGAACACACACCUGUGCAGCUUGUGAAUGACCUGGCUGCUAAUGAAUCUCCAGAAGAAUGGGGCAACUUUUGGUUCGAUGGGAGGCGUCAUGGCACGGCUGUCUGUAGGGACCAAGCAGAUUCUAUACAGCAGCAUGGUACUCUGGCACAGCAGGGGUCCCCAGUGAGCCAGUACUUGGGAUUCCCAGGGCUAAACAAGACACUAACAUCUUCAACAGGGAGACUCAGUUCAGUCCAGGAGGAGAAGAAGGAUAAUUGCCUCAAAAGGAAAAGGGAGAAGCCAGCAAACAUGAGCACGGCAAAGCAACCAGUGCUGGAUGGCGGAGCGAAGGAGCACCACGAUCCUACCACCAAAGGCUUGGACUCUGCAAAACUACAGUCACGGCCACAGAUCUGUGAUCUGAUCAGACUGGAUUCUGAUCAAAGGCCCCAGGUGCUGGAGGAGGUGGCUCGUGCAGUCGGCAUCAUUUUAACCAUGGUGUAUCAAGAUGGAUCUACCCAGCUAACUGCUGAGAAGGAACCUUCCUCUUCAGUGAGUGGUUUCCUCGUGUUAUUGAGUAAUCAGCCUGCUGGCCUGUUCCCUGAUACAACUGCUGAAGCCCAGACCUCUGAACACAUCGUUUACAGAGCAGAUGCAGAUGGCAGGUUCUUCCACCUGAAGCUUGAGCCAAAUCUCUCUUGGUUACAGCGAGGGCACGGUUACAGGGAAUUUACCAGGGCACUGCUGCUUCAGAUAAUGAAUCAUAAAGGCUGCAUUGUCGCUUUUAAGGCCAAGGAUCUGCUACAGACAGUGCUUCACUAUGCUGCAGACACUGUGUGCUGGAAACAAGCCAGCAGCUGGAAAAUAUUUGAUCCGAGGAUUGCUGGCUGGUUGUUGGAACCCACAGAUACUUCCCCCUGCUUCAAGACUUUGCUGCAGGAACUCUGUGUUGGCCUUCGCAUUCUUCACCGCCUCAUGAUGCAUGUCUGUGCUAAAUUACAGAGUCAACACCUUUGGAAGCUGUUUUGCCUGGUGGAGUUGAGAUUGAUCCCAGUUCUGGCAGUGAUGGAAAAUUACAGAAUUCAAGUCAAUAAAGAAGACCUGAAGAGAACUUCUAAGCUGCUGGGGGUUCGGCAGAAGCAGCUGGAGCAGGAAGCACAUCAGGUGGCCGGAGAGCAAUUCCUUCUGACCAGCAGCAACCAGCUUCGGCAGAUUCUGUACGACAAACUACGCCUACAUCUCCUUUGUGAGAAAAAGAUUCGAAAGACAGACCUGAAGCAACAGCAGUCAACCUCUGAGGCACUGCUGCAGCUGCAGGAACUUCAUCCACUGCCUAAAAUAAUCCUGGAAUACAGACAGAUUCAUAAGAUCAAAUCAACAUACAUCGAUGGCCUUCUGUCCUGCAUGAGGAAGGGUUUUGUGUCCCCUACGUGGAAUCAGACUGGCACUGUCAGUGGGAGGCUGUCGGCCAAGCAUCCUAAUAUUCAAGCAAUUCCAAAGCAGCCAGUCCAAAUUACCAAACUGCAGUAUAUCCAAGGAAGGGAGGCGGACUUGAUAUCGAUCUCACCGAGAAGCAUGUUUCUUUCAUCGGAUGGGUGGACAUUUUUAGCAGCAGACUUUUCCCACAUCGAACUGCGAAUCCUCGCACACCUCACCUCAGACCCAGAGCUGCUGAGGCUGUUCCAGGAACCAGAGCCACCUGAUAUCUUUACCAGCCUUGCUUCUCAAUGGAAAGGGAUCCCUGUGGAUCAGGUGAAGAAUGCUGAGCGAGAACAAGCCAAGAGGAUUGUCUACGCACUGGUUUAUGGGGCAGGUAAAGACCGUCUAUCAGAGUGUCUCGGCGUGUCUGCAAAUCAAGCCGGCCAGUUUAUCGAAAGCUUCCUGCAGAAGUAUAAGGAGGUUCGCACAUUUACUCAGAGAACCAUUCAGCAGUGCCACCAGCAAGGUCAUGUUGUUUCGAUCAUGGGCCGUAAGAGGUCAUUCCCUCUCAUCAGUUCACAGGAUUACUGUGCCAGGAAUCAAGCGGAGAGGCAGGCUGUUAACUUUGUAGUCCAAGGUUCUGCAGCCGAUAUAUGUAAGAUGGCAAUGAUUAAGAUUUUCACCAGAGUUGCCACAUCCUCCUCUCUUACAGCAAGGUUGGUGGCCCAGAUUCACGAUGAGCUGCUGUUUGAGGUGGAAGAUUCUCAGAUUCAACAAGUGGCAGAGCUUGUAAAAGGCACCAUGGAAUCUCUGCGGUCUGUGGAGGCUCUUGGGGUCUAUUUGAAGGUCCCUUUAAGAGUGUCUCUCAGUGCAGGGAAGUCGUGGGGUUCAAUGAAAGAGCUGUGAGGUGUGGAGUGUUGCCAUAUGCCAACCUAUUUUGCAAAGCAUUGAUAAGCACCAGUUGUCGUGUUUUGGUUCCUCCCACUGCUGCCUCGCUACUUGGGGCGCUUGGGGGACAAGCUAAGAAUUCUCAGUUGGUUUUUCCCGGAUUACUUGGUUUAAUAUAAUUAGCAAGGUGUUUCUAACUAAUGGCGAUCAACAGCAGGUUUUAGUAAAUAGUUUCCUUCCUGUUUGAAAACACUGUUCAUCGUUUAUUCUGUGUAAUAAUUAACUGUUAGUUCACCUCUCCCACCAGCAUUUGCUGCUGAUCAAAGAUGUUGUUGUACUUAUUUAUUAGGAUGCAGAAGGUAGUAAUUCAGCCCAUUGGGUCCAUGCUAGCUCCCUUCAGAGCAACUCAUUUAUUUAUCUGUAAUCCUGCAACAUAUUUCCUCUCAUGUGGCUGAAGAGCUGAGGUUGCUCAGUUAAAACUCCUUUAUCUGGUUUAAAGGCAGAACCCAUUAUAAAGCAGCCAGUCAAUCCUAUGAAAAACUUGUAGCUUAAUUACCUAUUUAGAUUUUUUAAAAAUAAUUGAGGGAGUUACAGAUCUGACUCACUAGGGUACCUGUUAAGUUCAUAAUCAAUAAAGGAUCAUCAAAUGCCCCCUCCCUCCAAAUUUUCUUCCUUCAUCUCUGCAUCAGACUUUCCACACCAGCUUACUGCUUCAUGGUAGAAAUAAUUUCUUCUCGUAAUCCCCAUUGUCCUCUCAUUGAAGGUUGAAGUUCUGCACCCAAAACACAGUUCAUGAGGAUUUCCUCUCAGUACGGGAGCUGUGCGCUGCAAGUGAGAUCCCUUUAAUGUCCCUCCCACUCAUGAUGAUCCAACUUCGAUUAUGACUUGCCCUGCAUGGUGAAUGAACAAAGUCUUUGCUUCACUGAACCCUUGACAGAGCAGAAAGGUUAGAAAGAGAGAGAAAAAAGAGAAAUAACAAUAAUAAUUUAUUUAUGGAGCACUUUUCAUACAGACAAUGAAGAUCAGUGUGCUUUACAAUGGGAUAAAAUGAAAACAAAAUAUAAAAAAUGAGCAUGAAAAUAAAAGAAAAAGAUGAUUGUUAAAGGUUAAAUAAACAGGUUUUGAGUUGCUGUUUAAUUGAGUCUGCCUCCUUUAUGGUUUUAGGUAUUGAGUUCAACAGUUUAGGAGUGUAGGUCAAAAAAGCUGACCUGCCAAUUGUCAUUUGAGGAGAUAGUUUAAAUUUAAGAGUCCUGAGAGUUCGAGCAGGAUUAUAAAACAAAAACAGUUUCGUGAUGUAGUCUGGUCCCAGACCAUUAAGAGCUUUAAAAGGCAUAACAUUCUACUUUAUAGCAAUGAAAAAAGUUCAUAUCAAUACAUGGAUGUGGACAAAUCACUGACCUUUUUCAGUGAAUGAAGAAUAGCCAAGGGCUUAUGCUUUAAUGGAUGUUUGGUUUAAAAAUAGAGUGGAACACUGCCUUUUCUUUUCAAGAUCAUUUUCAAGUUAAGAUCACUAUUUUUUCCCUCUGCCCUUGGGAGUGAAAGACUGGGUGGCUGUGGAUACGAAUGCCCUUUCUUUCACAUACACAUAGAAUGACCAAUUGGAGUUUUGAUUAAUAAGGCUCCUAGCUGGGAUUUGCUUAUUUUAAUUCAGGUUCUAUUACAUAAAUUAAUACUGCAGGAUGAGAAGAAAAAAAGUGGGUAGCAUGGCAGAGUAAUGUUAUCACAGUACUGCAACUCCACUGCUGUCUGUCAGGAGUUUGUACGUUCUUCCUGUGACUACAUGGGUUUCCCCCACGGGGUCCAGUUUCCUCCCACAGUCUAAAGACGAAUGGACUAGGUUAGAUGGUCAAACAGGUAUAACUGGGAAGCAGGGGCUCGUUGGGCUGAAAGGGCCUGUUGCCAUGCUGUAUCUUUAAAUAGAUAAAAUAAAAGUGUGUUAACCUUUGAGAACACGCACACACUGUACUGAUUCUUCUGCUGAAUAGAAAAAAUAUAAAAAUGGAUGUGUGAUAGAGGUCUGUCAUCAGUGACAUUUAUUGGAUAAUGGGACAGGUACAGGGGGUCAUAAAAAACAUUGUGGAUACGGCCUGAUCCAUUGAGAGUAAAGCCUUCCCUACUAUUGAGCACAUCUACAUGGAGCACUGUCGCAGGAAAGCAGCAUCCAUCAUCAUGGAUCUACCAUCCAGGCCAUACUCUCUUCUCGCUGUUAUCAUCAGGAAGGAAGUAUAGGAACCUUGGGUCCCACACCACUAGGUUCAGGGACAGUUAUUACCCCUCAACUAUCAGGCUUAUGAACCAGAGGGGAUAACUUCACUCACCCCACUGCUGAACUGAUUCCCACAAGCUAUGGACUCACUUUCAACUACUCCAUAUCUCACAUUUGCAAUAUUAUUUAUUUAUUAUUGUUAUUGUUUGUUUUUUAUGUAUUUGCGGUUUGUCUUCUUUUGCACAUUGGUUGUCCCCUCAGUUUUUACGGGUAGUUUUUCAUUGAUUCUACUGUAUUUACUGUGAAUGCCUGUAACAAAGUAAAACUCAGGGUAGUAUAUAGUGACAUAUAAGGAGAGGUGGGACAAACUUGGAUUGUUAAUAAUAAAUUUACUUUGAAUUUUAAACUUUGAACCUAUUACUGAUUGCCGCUAAUUUAUACCUUUGGGAACCAGCCACAGUCACAGUUUCCCUCUCCAGCAGCAGAGCCCUCUC